AGCGGAGCCGAGCGGAACCGGAGUGGGGCUAAGACCUACAGAGGGAUAACCAGGCUGUGCAGCGCAGGGAAUUCCAUCAAGCUGUAAGGAUCUGAUGACACUUGGCUUCGCCCACAAAAGACAUAGAAGGGGAAGGUGUUGGAACUUCAAACAUGGAAGCCUGCUGUGCUGACUGCAGCUGAUAAAGUGAGUUUUGGUCUGCAAAACAUUUGCUUCCAUUGAGAUUUCUGUCAGCUGAUGGGGAAGAUGAGGUCUGCCUAUACCAAAAAGGGAGCGAUGAGAAGGGUGAAGCUUUGCUGACCACUGGGGACCUCAGCCAGUGCCUGGAUGCACUUCACUGGUGGGGAAAACACUGUCAAAACUUGUGGGAAGGGAGGGUUUUGGGCAGCAGAGGGGCCAUGGAGCUGCUCUGGGCUCUGCCCCAUGGCAGGGCUGCCUGGCCACUCUAGCACUGAGACACUGGGGACGUGGGGCCAGGCAUCUGGCUGCACCUCCAGCCCUGUGCUUUGGCAUCAUCUUGGGGACAUCAGAGAAGGAAACCAAGAAAGUGGCUGGAAAAUGUAGCAGUGCUGGUUUCUUUAGUCUCAAGAAAGAUAAACUUUCUGUUUUGCUGCUUCAAAGUCUCUUCUACCCAGUUUAAAACAUUUUGUUUGUGUCUGUGUGUGCUCGCAUCUAUUUUCACUGCGUCCGCGUGACAUCUUGAAGCAAUGGGCUCAGAGCAAGAUCCCUCCAAGCAUCUGUAAGUAAUAAUGAGGCGCUUGAUUUCAAACCACAUUUGUGAUCUGGAAGCCCUCUGACUCUCCCAGUUUUUCAAGCGAAGGAGAAAGAGCCGCAAGAGGACGGAUCCCGCAAUGGCAGAGAAGUGUGACUGCAUCGCCAGCAUGUACGGAUACGACCUGGGCUGUCGCUUCAUUAAUUUCCGGCCCUUAGGCUUCGGGGCCAACGGGCUGGUGCUGUCAGCCCUCGACAGCAAGAGCUGCCGCAAAGUGGCGGUGAAGAAGAUCACCAUCAGCGACGCGCGCAGCAUGAAGCACGCCUUCCGCGAGAUCAAGAUCAUCCGCCGCCUGGACCACGACAACAUCGUGAAGGUGUACGAGGUGCUGGGCCCCAAGGGUGCCUGCCUGCGUGGGGAUUUCUUCAAGUUCAAUAUGGUGUACAUCGUCCAGGAGUACAUGGAGACAGACUUGGCGCGCCUGCUGGAGCAGGGGAAGCUCGCCGAGGAGCAUGCCAAGCUCUUCAUGUACCAGCUGCUGCGCGGGCUCAAGUACAUCCACUCGGCCAACGUCCUCCACCGCGACCUCAAGCCGGCCAAUAUUUUCAUCAGCACAGAGGACCUGGUGCUGAAGAUCGGAGACUUCGGGCUGGCCAGGAUUGUGGAUCAGCAUUACUCGCACAAGGGUUACCUUUCUGAAGGCUUAGUGACAAAAUGGUACCGCUCCCCCCGGCUCCUCCUCUCGCCAAACAACUACACCAAAGCCAUCGACAUGUGGGCAGCCGGCUGCAUCCUUGCCGAGAUGCUGACGGGAAGGAUGCUCUUUGCUGGGGGUCAUGAGCUGGAACAGAUGCAGCUUAUUCUAGAGACAAUUCCAGUUAUCCAUGAGGAGGACAAAGAGGAGCUGCUCAAAGUGAUGCCCACGUUCAUCAACAGCACCUGGGAAGUGAGGAAGCCACUGCGUAAGCUGCUCCCCGAAGUGGACAGUGAAGCUAUUGAUUUUCUGGAGAAAAUACUGACAUUUAACCCUAUGGAUCGAUUAACGGCUGAGAUGGGUCUGCAGCAUCCUUACAUGAGUCAGUAUUCCUGCCCCGAGGAUGAACCAGUGUCUCAGCAUCCAUUCCGGAUUGAGGAUGAGAUUGAUGAUAUUUUACUCAUGGAAGCCAACCAGAGCCAGAUGUCUAACUGGGACAGGUAUCACAUAAGCCUCUCCUCUGACCUGGAAUGGAGACAUGAUAAAUACCAUGACAUGGAUGAUGUUCAGCGGGACCCUCGGGCAGGGUCUGAAUCCAUUGCUGAGGAAGCACAAGUUGAUCCACGGAAAUACUCACAAAGCAGCUCGGAGAGGUUCUUGGAGCUCUCCCACUCAUCCAUGGACCGAGUAUUUGAUGCUGAUUGUGGAAAAUCAUGUGAUUACAAAGUGGGGUCACCUUCCUACUUGGACAAAUUGCUGUGGAGAGACAAUAAGCCCCAUCACUACUCAGAACCCAAGCUGAUUUUAGAUUUAUCCCACUGGAAAAGAGCAGCCAUAGCACCCACAGCUGAGCUGUCACUAGAAGAAGAACCAUCCAACCUCUUCCUGGAGAUUGCUCAGUGGGUGAAGAGCACGCAGGUGGGUCUCGAGUGUCCCAGUCCACUUCCAGAGAUUCAGGAACGGAGCCUGCCAUCUUCUCCUCACCACCUCCACAAAGAACCCACAGAGGUGAACAGCAAAAAAGACUCUGAGUUUGACUUGGAUGUCUUCAUCUCCAGGGCACUGAAACUUUGCACAAAACCUGAAGAUCUUCCAGACAGCAAGCUUAAUGACAUCAAUGGGGCCUGCAUAUCUGAGCACCCCAAUGAGAUUGUACAAACAGAGGUGUACCAGAAAGACCGAUGGUGAGGAACCCACACCCAGGAAACCCCAAUGCAUCUCUUUGUUCCUCUCUAACGGUGUGGCCAUUGCCUGGGGCUGUGAGCGGCUUAUGUCUGUUGUUGAGCACCCGUUUUUUACACUAUACUGAAUGCCUUCUUCUGAAAAGGCAAGCACAAACCAUGUGCCCCUUUUGAUGCCUUAGAAAUACAUCUAAGGGAAUCAAGAGGUGUGAAUAAAAUACUGAGUUUCUUAUACUGCCUUAACACUCUUGCCUUGCAAUCUCUGGGACCUGUUUGAAACUUAAAUGUACAUGGGGAAGAUGACAGUACAUAGUAAGUUUACAAACAGGAGUCAAAUCAACUCAUUUUCCUUUCUUUUUCUAUAGCAUCUUAAAACGAUGAGGACAAAAAUCAGCAUUUUCAUUAUGGUCAGAUACCCUCCCGGUUUGAUGGAUCCCCGAAACGCAAACUUUGAGCUCCUUUGAGGCACCCAUGCACGUACAGACUGUACGGACAGAAGCAAUGCCAGGCAGUGGUCAGCCACCAGUUAGCAGAGAACAGAACCAGAGGUAGAUUUUGGCCAUCAGACAGGAAAUAACUCUGAGAAUGUUAAUGGGGAAGGAAUUUGACCUGCAAAACAUGGGCCACUUGGGACUUUUAUUUUUUUCUGAUGGGAAGAUAAGAUUUUUUGCUAAGCGCAUUCUCCUUGGUUUCUCACACAUAAAUGUUCCCUUCUGUUGCACGGGGUAGAUCUGAGCUCUCUGAGUACUUAGAAGGCUCCAUACAUGAUGCAUUGCAGUGUAACAACCUGGUGCUGUGAGUCCUCACUCGGGCAGCUGCCCAUCAGACCAGCAAAUUCUGGUGGUAAGGUCUGGACAGGAGUCAACAGCUAGAAACAGGGGGUCUCACAGUGUGAUGCUGCUUGGCACCACCAGCUACACGGACUCAGCAAGGGCACCCACCUUUGCCAAUAAAAAAUGAAUGGAAGUACUACUAUUUUACCUUCUGACAGAGAUUGUGUGAAGAAGACAACAGUUCCUGUGGCAGUAGAUUCGUAACUGGCCACUUGGCUUCCAGCUCCUUUGGAAGAUACUAGUGCCAGCAGGAAACUGAGCGCGGUUUGUAAAUAGACGAAACCACAACUGAUCUACUGUAACUUCUGUUCUCAUCCACACUUCUGAGCACCUUAAUAAUUAAUCAGCUAACAAGAGUUUGUAUAUGGAAGAAAAGUUCUAUACUUAUAUUAAAUCAAAUUCAGCAGUUUUUUAAACAGAAAAUCUGUAAAUAGUGUCAUAAAAGCCAGUCUCUGCUUUCCUUGCCAUCAUGUCACUGUGCUCUCCAGCACAGCAGCACUACUUUCAUUUGUAAAAGAGAAACUCCUAUAUGUAGUAACUCUAAGGUCCAUAUUUAACUAUUGUUCCUAUGCGAAUUAAUUCGCUUCUAACAAGCAGUCUACUAAAUGUUCUGAGAUCUGAAGAAAACUCCUGUGAGACUCAGAUCAUAAUUAACAGCAGCAUUUACUAUAUUAACCCUGCUUUCUGUUCUUGGUGGGAUCAGGGACAAGUUUAGCUGUAGGAAAGCUUGUGCUAAGCAUUGACAAGCCCACGAACAUUUUCUUAUUGAGCAUAUCUCUCUUUAGCUAAUGCAAAUGCAGUUAUCACAGCUGAUCAGCAGCACAGGUGUGACGGCUGCUGGCUGCAUGGAUGGGACGGGGUGGAAGUGCUAGGGCAGGGGUGGAAAGCAAAUUGGGCUCUGGUUUUUGCUUCUAGUGUUUGGAUGUCCCCCACUGUGGUUUAGAAAGGGGAAUCAGAAGACAAACAGAUGUUGGUUUCCAGGGUGUUGCAGAUAAUUGAUAUACCUCAGCUUAAGCUCAGCAGUUUUACUGGUGGUGGGAGAAAUUCAGAUGCUGAAGAGCAGCCACCCCUGCAGUGGAGUGGAUUCAGAUCCAGCUCCAGUAGUCCACGACUGACUGCCCAUGGUCAGUCCUGCUCAGUUUCACCAUGUACACAACAGCAUCCAGGAAAGGCUGGGAAUGGGAUUAACGGAGCUCGAGUGAGUGUACGCCAUGAGAGGAGGUGUCCCAUUGCUUUGUGCCACCCAACAGGAAAGGAGCAGAUAACACCCAGCUUCUGAUGGGAGAUGCACAAACACUGCAGCCGGGGCAUCAACUGAAAAUUAGGUGUUUGGGAGCUGAUGGAGUUUAGAAAUGAAGGGUAAGAUUAGCAAGGCCAGAGCUGCCUUCUAAAACUCUUCUGACAGAUUCAGUGACUGUUUGCUACCAUUGUGUUAAAUAUGGAUACAUGCUGACAUGUAAAAAUGUCCUCUGAAACCAGAAGCCAUUUUCCAUGGGUUGUUACACUUAGGCUGAACAUCUUCACCAGAGGCCUGUGGGACUGUUUGUUACAGCCAUGGAAUUAUCAGUUUUGCUUUUGCAUAUUGUCUUCUAAAAGUAGCGAGAGCUCUUAAAUCCACAGUCAGUGUAAUACUAACUUCACAAGAAGCAUAUAGAUUGUACUGCUGCUCAAUUUUUCAUCUUGGUUUGUGAACUGUAAUUUAAUGUUGUUCCAAAACCUCAGCAUCACGUGCUGCGAUAAAGGGGAUAAUGAGAAGCGUGGCUUUAAUUUGUUACCUGAGUGUGCUCAGCCAAUCACAAGCCAGAUUUGUUUCUCAUCAACAAUAAAACGUAAGGCCUGAGACUUC